AUGUAUUAUUCUGAUGAUAAGAAUAUUUGUCAACAUUUAUGUGGUGGAAUUGAAAAAUAUUUAGAAACUUGUAAUCAUUAUUUGUUAUAUAAUAAUCUAAAAAAUUUAAAUUCAGAAACUCCACUACAUAUUACUAUUCAAGGAACUCAUCAUCCAUCUCAACAUAUGUUUAAUAAUAUUAUUCCUAAAAUUUCUCAAAUUAAUCUAACUUAUUCUAUUAGAAAUUCAAUUACUUUAAGUAGAAGGGUAGAUCACAGAAUAGCUAAAGAAAUAAAAGCCAAAUUAUUAACUCUAUUUAAUGGUGUAUCAGAAAAAAUAAUUAGUAAAACAUUAGCAAAUCAGUGUGAAAUUUGUGAUAAUGAUAAAUUUCAAAGACUUAUUAUAAGAGAUGAUAGAAAAUUUAAAGAUAAUACUGGGCUAUAG